UUAUACUGUCGAGGAAGUUGUCUGUUGUGGCACUCGCUACUCGGUAAGCUCUCGGCACAUACCGCGAGCGAUCAACGAAAGUUAGAGACUUCAUAUAUCUGCGGCGCGGCGCACACCCGCGCGCCUGUACACAGCACCAGGUGCUCCGUGUGCCUCCUCCUGUCCGCGUGUCACCGUCUGUCCCCAGUAUCACUCCCUCACCGGCGGCCGAGCACGCAGCGCGAGCGAACUUAUGAUUUCGCAGUUUCCGACGCACAUGGAAGAUCCUGCACGAGGAGCCGGUGGAACAAUGGCGCGAAAACCAGAAGACGACGUCAACGAGGGGGACGAUGAGAGUCUCGUGGUGGACGUGCAGCAGCCGCAGCAGCAGCAGCAGCAGCAGCAGCAACAACAGCAACAGCAGCAGCAGCAGCAGCAGCAUCCUGAUGAACGACUUGCUGUCCUCGAGCCACGAAACCAGGCACAGGACGAGAGGCUGGCGUCGAAGUCGCCCGAGAUGGCCAACAAGUCCUCGUUCAUGAUCAACGACAUUCUGGCGAAGCCGCGGCAGACGUGCGUGUCGCCCGUCUAUAACUGCGAGCCGAGAGACAGUGAAUCAUGUAGUUCUGGUGACGAAACGGACAGUGGUCACAACGACGAGUCGAUCGGAGAUGGCAAGUCACAGGGCCACGACAGUGAUAAAAAACCAGGGCACACGAAGCAUGACGAUCCGAUCUCAUCUAGCAACGACAGCAGAGAAACCCUGAAGAUGAAGAAGGCGAGGAAAGCGAGAACGGCGUUUACAGACCAUCAGCUAAAUCGGCUUGGAGUCGAGUUUUGAGAGGCCAGAAGUACUGUGAGUGUUC